AUGGGUAAUGAUGGCGGAAGUAUACCGACCCGUCGCGAGCUGGUAAAGGAGGCCGCGCGCGAUCCGACGACCAGCGAAGUCAAGGCAUCGCAACACGAGCAGCAAGAGUAUUACUGGACCACAGACCCAAUAUCGAGAGAACCUUUAGCGCAACCCGUAGUAUCAGACGCCAGUGGCAAGCUAUACAACAAGUCUACGAUACUGGAGUAUCUGGUAGAAGGGGCGCGCAAGGAAGAUGUCGACAUCAUUACCCAAGGCGCAAUUAAAAGCUUAAAAGAUGUGGUCGAGGUCAAAUUUGAGGUCCAUGCUGAGGGGAGCGAGAGAAAGAAUGGCACAGCGAAGCGCGAAGUAUGGAAGUGCCCAGUGACAGGCGACAAGCUCGGUCCAGGCUCCAAGGCAGCAUAUAUCGUGCCUUGCGGACAUGCCUUUUCGGGAAGCGCGAUCAAGGAAGUCUCUGGCGAAAAGUGCCUUACUUGUGAUUCUGAAUAUGCAUCGAACGAUAUCAUACCCAUCCUGCCGGUCACGGAGACGGAUAUCGCGCGAUUGUCGUUACGAGUCAAGACGCUGCACGAGAAGGGCUUGUCGCAUUCGCUGAAGAAGGCGUCCGGCGGGAAGAAACGCAAGAAGAAGGAUGAAGAUCCCGACGGCAAGGCGAAUGGCCUAUCCAAAAAGGAGAGCUUGCCGGCUGCGAAUGGAAAGUCGGAAGCAAAAGCUUCGAAUGGCAUCAACAACUCCUCUACAGCAACACUUACAGCAAAAGUCUUGCAAGAGCAGGAACAGGCGAAGAAGCGGAAACUUGAGAAUGACAACGUGAAGAGCCUUUUCUCGUCCAAAGAUCUGGGAAAAGACGCUGGCAAGAACCGCGACUUCAUGACGAGAGGCUACAGUGUGAGAUGA